CUACUUUGUAUUUUGUGUUCAUCUGGUGGUGUAAAUCAGCAGGUUGAGACAGUCAUGUAUGCGAUAAUUACUGUUGUGAAAGUUGGUAUGAUGGUAACCUACAAUAUUGGAACAGGCCUUGUGGUUGCUCGUAGGGAAGACAGCUCAUGGUCUCCACCUUCUGCAAUUUCUUCAUGUGGAAUAGGGUGGGGAGCACAGGCUGGAGGAGAAUUGACAGACUUCGUUAUAGUGUUGAGAUCAACUGAGGCUGUGAAGACAUUUGAUGGUACUGCUCAUUUUUCAGUUGGGGCUGGUUUGAGUGCAGCAGUUUGUGCCAUUGGAAGGGCUGCUGAAGCUGAUGUACGAGUGGGGGAUGGUGGCUGUGCUGCUUGUUAUACGUACAGCUGCAGUAAAGUGUUUUGUUUCCCAAUGCAGAAAACAAGUCUUUGGAGAGUCAAGUGGAGUAGCAGACAUACUUACAAUGAGCCCUGUCUUUGCUGACAACUCAGAAAGUGAAGUGGAUGCAGACACCGAGGAAGCGAGACUUAGUAAUUGAAAUGUAAACAUUGCCGAUACUGUAAAGGUAAGGAGCACAAAGUUGGGAGAAAAUGCUCCAGUAGUUGCUGUAGAAGGUUUGAAAGAUCACGAGGAUCAUCCUGCAGAGCAAACUGCGGAAUUCAAGAAAGCACAAAUUAAUUUUUAAACAAGUCUCCGUUGAAAACCAAAGAAGACGGGGAGCUGUCCUCAGAGUCACC